AUGGAAUUCACAUUAACAGCCACAAUUUUUAGUUUCUUUGGUUGGAAUGUUUAUUUAUUAAUAAAAAAAUAUAGGGAAAGGAUGAGAUAAAAUUACUUGCAAAAUCUAAUUAAUUAAGAAUCUGAUUAUCUAAUUAUGAAUGUAGCUCCAUACAAAAAAAUAAAAUCAAACGAAUAAAAUGAAAAAAUAGUCAAACCAUCUUAAAUAGAAGAUGCAGAAUCAAGUUCAGAUGAUUAUGAAAUUAUUUAAUAUAGAAGAAGAAAGACAAUUUUAGAUGAAGUAAGAUAAGAAAAAUUUCAAGAGCAAUCUUACAUUUAAAAUACAAUACCAUUUGAUAUGUUAAAUGUUCCUAGUAGAAAAGAUAGAAAAUAAUAUAAAAAUAAUAAGGAUUUUUCAUUUACAAGUUAGAACUAAGAUAUAAUGCUAAUGAAAAGAUUCAGAAAAAAUUCUAAAAUUAAUAUGGAUGAUUCAUUACAAUUUGAAAGUCCAAAAUAAACUAACAAAAACUCUAGCAAUAAGAUUUCAGAAAAAAAGAUAACUUAAUUUGAAUUUCCAGACUUAAAAGAUAAAUUCGAAACUUAAGAUUCAAAGUAAGAAUAAGUGAAAUGUGUAACAGAUUUAGUUUUUUAAUUUGAAUCAAAAAAAGAUAAUUAAACCUUAGAAGAGAAUAAAAAUAUAUCCAUAUAGUUAAAUGUAUAAGAAGAUAAAUCAAAUAAUUAGACAAAUGAUUAAUAAAAUUAAUAAUAAGUAGAAACUAUAAAUAUUUUUGGAAAGUUUAUAAGUUAGGCACUAUCAUAAUAAAAGGAGAAAUAAUAAUAAGAAUAAAAAUAAUAAUCCCCUUAAUAAUCAUAAAAGGAACCAGAAUAAAAAAAUAUUGGAUUAUUUUCAAAUUUAUUAAAAACAAAUACUCUUGAUUUAUUUCCAUAAAAAUAAAUAUAACCUGUUUAAUUAAAUGAAAUACCUUAAGUUCAAAUAUAAAAUCUGAAUAAUCAGUUUUAAAUAAACAAUAAUGUAUAAUAAUAAUAAUAAUAAUAAUAAUAAUAAUAAUAAUAAUAAUAAUAAUAAUAAUAACAUACAUCUCUUUUUCAAAAUUCACUUUAAAGUAAUAAUAGUUCAGUCCCUAGUUUUAAUCUUAAUAAUUAAAAUCAAGAUAGUCUAAAUAAAAAUUUUAGCAAUGAUACUAAAUAAUCAAGUGUUAUUUAAAAUAAUACACCAUCAAACUUUACAUUUGGGAUAAACUCAAAUAAUUAAACAAAUUCAUAAAUAGGUUUAUUUGAUAACAUUGUUAAUAAAAAUGGUGGUUUAUUUGGAAAUUUAACAACUACAUCAAAUAUUUGCCAAGAUUAAACUAAUAAUAAAUCAAAUUUGUUUUAAUCCCAACCUUAAUAAACUUAAAAUAAUUUAAUUUAAAAUUAACCUAAUAAUUAAACUUCAUUAUUUGGAAACCUCCUUUCCACACAAUAACCCAAAGAAUAAAACCCAUAAAGUUAAACAGGCGGUCUUUUUAAUUUCAGUCCAAAUACUUAAACUGGUAGUAAUUUAUUCUCAAAUUUUGAAAAGAACUGA